GAGACACCGCUGAAAAUUAUGGCGGAAAAUUUAACCGCAUCGGUGGUCUUAACCGACUAAUGGUGGCGUACCCAGCAGCGGAUGUGUGUUAGCAGCUGAGUCACGGCGAGCGAGUAGUUUUUGACCUUUUUUGGUCAGAUUGAAGCUUUGUUAAUUCCACAAGCAAAUUCAUCGCGAAACUAACAGUAAUAUUAAAUGGCGACAGUGAGGCUACUAAUGCUCCAGAAAGCUCUACUCCAUCGAACGACGUCGUGGUCUUCUUCUCAGCUGCUCCUCCGAUCUCCCAGUAUUCCCAUUCUCACCUCCCUUCGAGCUUUCUCCUCAGCAGCUGCCCUGUCUCCGCCUUCCACGGCGGUUGUGUACGAUCAGCAUGGACCACCCGACACCGUCACCAGAAUCACGGAGCUUCCGCCGGUUGAAAUUAAAGAGAAUGACGUCUGCGUUAAAAUGCUUGCCGCUCCUAUCAAUCCUUCCGAUAUUAAUCGAAUUGAAGGAGUAUAUCCGGUGCGGCCACCAGUGCCCGCGGUUGGGGGUUACGAGGGUGUAGGAGAGGUGCAUUCUGUCGGGCCAGGAGUAAAAGGUUUCUCUGCCGGCGAUUUGGUCAUUUCAUCUCCACCUUCUUCAGGGACUUGGCAGACUUAUGUUGUAAAAGAGCAAAGUCUUUGGCACAGAAUUGAUAAUGGAACCCCUAUUGAAUAUGCUGCGACAGUUACUGUUAAUCCUUUGACUGCCCUUAGAAUGGUUGAGGAUUUUGUUGAUUUAAAUUCAGGGGAUUCAAUCGUUCAAAAUGGAGCAACCAGCAUUGUAGGGCAGUGUGUCAUCCAGCUCGCUCGUGAACGAGGCAUCCAUACUGUUAAUAUUAUAAGGGACAGGGCCAGAUCAGACGAAGUAAAAGAAAAGCUCAAGAAACUUGGGGCUGAUGAAGUGUAUACGGAGAGUCAACUAGAAGUGAAGAAUCUUAAAAGCCUCCUGAUCAAUCUUCCUGAACCUGCAUUAGGAUUCAACUGUGUUGGUGGAAACGCUGCUUCUUUGGUUCUCAAGUUCUUGAGACAGGGUGGAACUAUGGUUACAUAUGGAGGAAUGUCAAAGAAACCAAUAACUGUAUCAACUACAUCUUUCAUAUUUAGGGACCUUUCUUUGAGAGGAUUCUGGUUGCAGAAGUGGAUGACUUCAGAGAAAGCAAAGGAAUGCAGAAGCAUGAUUGAUUAUCUUUUGGGCCUAACUCGAGAGGGGAAAUUAAUAUAUGAUAUGGAGCUGGUUCCUUUUAACAACUUCCAAACUGCCUUAGAGAAGGCACUUGGAAAGCUAGGAAGUCAACCCAAACAAGUUAUCAAAUUCUGAUAUUAACUAUUGAGGGGAGCCUGAAAUUUUUGUACAGUAAUACUGAGGGAAAUGUGGUCUGGGAUGCUGAGUUCUGCCAAUGAUAGAAAAGGGGUGCAGUUGUAGCUUUCACAUCUGCUGUACAUGUACAGAAUCUGCUGAGGCCUUGUCACGGUAAUUGAAUCAUCUGGAGUACUAUUGAUUCAAGGUAAAAUGGAAAAGAACGGUUGUUAAUUCAACCGCUUUACAACCGAGGUGUAAUGUUCAUUUCCGUUCAUGUGGACUCCAAUACAUAAUAAUUGCGCCUCUUUUACAAGGUUUUACAAGUAGUUAACAAAGAAUUACAAAUUGUUCAAGAGGUGUUAUACCA